GUGAGAACAUUUCAACAGAAGUGAAGUUUGGGCGAACAGAACUAGCCUCCCCGCCGCACACUUUCUAACACAGUAGCUAGUAACUGUACCGCCAUUUUGGCUCUUUUGGACUUUAAGUUUGACCAUGGAGGUAGUCCGGGUGAUUCUGAGUGUCUUGUCCGUGUUUGUUGCUCUGGUCUCGGAGAGGCUUGUGGUGGUGGCUGCCUUCUCUCAGUCUUUAGACAGCGACUUCACGUUCACACUACCCGCCGGUCGCAAGGAGUGUUUCUACCAGACCAUGAAGAAAGAUGCGUCCCUGGAGAUUGAAUAUCAGGUAUUGGAUGGAGCAGGUCUAGAUGUAGACUUCUUCAUCUCCUCCCCGUCUGGCCAAGUGCUGUUCAGUGACUACCGCAAGUCAGAUGGAGUGCACACAGUUGAGACCGAGGACGGAGACUACAUGUUCUGCUUCGACAACACGUUCAGCUCCGUCUCCGAGAAGCUCAUCUUCUUCGAGUUGAUCCUGGACAACAUGGACACGGAUGAAGACCCAGACGACUGGAAGGAGUAUGUCCAUGGAGUGGACACUCUGGACAUGAGGCUGGAAGACAUUAUGGACACCAUCAACAACGUGAAGGCUCGGCUGGGCAAGAGCGUGCACAUCCAGACGGUGCUGCGGGCGUUCGAGGCUCGCGACAGAAACAUCCAGGAGAGUAACUUUGACAGGGUGAACUUUUGGUCUGUCAUAAAUCUCAUUGUUAUGAUGUUGGUAUCGGCGGUUCAGGUCUACCUGGUCCGCUCGCUGUUUGAAGAUAAAAAAAUCCGCACAUAACACCACCCCAAACGGAGGGACAGAGGGAGAGAAACUAACGCACUUGCCCUCGGAUACCUUUGGUAUUUUUUUCAGCAGAUCUCCUGGCUUGUGACGUUUAAAACAAGAUGUCAUCUGUACACACGCACACGCACACACACACACAAACAGACAUUUUGACAUUCUUAAUGACAGUGUCACCUCUGUUGGUGCUCUGGUCCUCAGUCAACUGGAGUUUGUGGGACAGUGGGAGUCCCUGAUUUGGAACAUGAACUUAUAACUGUCUGCCCCUCAACUUUGCAAACUUUGCUACAGAACAAAAGUCUCUUAGUCUCUCUUUAAAACUUGUAUGUUGUUUUAUAGUCCUCCCUAGUGGCUGUGAUUCUUCGCAGAAAGUGACAUAACAUGCAUAUUUACGAUGUGACUAUUUUUCUAACGUUAAAAGGCAGAUUGCAAAGAUUGCAAAAACAAAAUGUCCUCUUUUCUUUGGACAUGUUUUUAUUUGAGAUAAACUAGAUGAAGAAAUAGUAUGUUGUCUGAAGAAUUUGAUUUAUUUCUGCCAAAUAAGAGUGGGAAGUGCAAUCAGUCUGUCAUCAAGUCUUCCCCCAUAUGGUCGUACCUUUGUGUUACUAAGACGCCUUCGUGGUUUGUGUUUAGCUGCCAGCCUUUUGCCAGUCAGUGAGGCCUUUGAAUAUUUCCUCCAUUGCUGUUGACAUUGAUGUUGUUUUUAGAAAUUUAGUCACACUUUCCCUUUCAUGCCAACACAAAAAAGUCAGGUGUCUAGGUAGGACCACGCUGCUAAUCUUUGGCACUCAUGGGGCCAUGGAGUAGGAGUAAAGGAAAUGGGUCAUCUCCAAAUCUCUUAAUGACUACUGCUCUACUUUCCUCUGCCAUGACUUGUGGCCUAAAUGGCAGCUGCCCUCCUCUGUGAAGCCUCACUGCUGCUGGCGGGUGUCUUUUUACAGCCACCUACUGUGUGAAGAUGUUGGGCCUGCCUGUCUCUGGUGUCUAUUUCUAUCUUACCGUCACCUGGAAGGUCAUUACCACUACUACCUGGGUGCACUGCUGAGUUUAAUAUGCACGAGCCACUCGCUGCCUUGGCUACGUCAGCGUUCUUUUUAAAUGCGUUUGUAUUUCGUUGGGUAUUCACGUUUUAUCAGCCAUCGUUACAAACUAACAUCUGAUCGUUGCACUGUCUCUGAUGCCACAGAACCUAUAUUUUUGUCUUCAUAUUCGUAGAGCACAAUUAAACACAUUGGGCCCCUGAGUGUUUUUAAUCGGGGACCAUCUUAAACGGGUCCACAGCUUGUUCUGAUAUGAGAGUUAAGGAACUGCUCAAGAGGUUUUUUUUGUCUCAUUGGUUGCUUAUUUGGUAUUAAGACAGUACCGUGGCUUGUGAACGGAUUACUUUUAUUGUUGUUACUGGGCUCCACAGGUGGUUCCUCACUACCCUGCUGGAUGCUCUUGUUGCCAUCUUUUGCCCUGUGCUGUAAGAUAAAGAUCAAACAGUGAGUUCAUGCCUUCAUAAUUUAACAGCCUUAGGCCCUGAUCACACAGAAAGCGUUUUAGCAGCUGAAGGCGGCUUUUUGUAAUUGUUUUAAUGAGAAUGAAGCUUUUCGCUCGCUGUUUUUGCGUUGCUAUGCACCUCGUGUUUCUGCGCUCAAGGCGUGUGGCAUUUUUGCCGGAUCUCUCUGAGCUCUUCGAGUUGAAAAAACUUCAACUCGGAGCAGAAAAUCACCCCACGUCAUCUCUUUUUUCCCAUUGUCCCAUUGGAUGAUUUGAGAGGCGGGCCUUCUGCGGUGGUCACGACAACAAGUUUACAGUUGGUAAGCAAUGAAGGAGAAUCUGGUGGUAGCGGUUGCUGGAUACCCAGAGCUAUACAGCCUGACGAUUGACAGCAGGUUGUCAAACUGCCUCCAAGUCAUCCUAAAAUAUGCCCGUAAACGCCCAUCAUGGAAGCAAAGCUCCUGGACCAACUGGUGGUGCUUCCUGUGAUCCAGCCUCUUUUUUAUGGUCUCAUGUACCCACACAGAUCUCUGUUUAUCUGCUGACAGCCCCUCACCCUCAACCGGAGCUACAGCAAGUACCCUCUGCCUCAACAUUUUAGGAACUAGAUACUAAUUACUGUGGCAUUCAAUUUGAAGGAAAAAAAAAAAAAAAAAAAAAGGCAGUGCAACCUGCAAAACGCUGUCUUUGUGAUCGGGGCCUUACGUUGGAACUAAGUGCUGUAAAACCAAAUUUUGUUGAACAGUUUUACCACACAGUAAGUAAGAAGUAUUGUAGGUCACCACGAUAACAUAUAGGAUGCUUAUUGUUGAAAGAAACAGUCAUUGUGUGCCUCAGUUUAAGUGUGUACUACCAUUCUCUAUUCCUCUGCACACCUGAUCUCUCUGUGGUAUCCAGUGUCUAAUUUAAGUACUGUAUGUUGAGAUUCUAUACAUCUUUGAUAGUUUAGUACUAUAACGUUGCAGUUAAAGGUCCAGUGUGUAGGAGUCAGGGGCAUCUGGUGGAAGCAAGGGUAUAUAAUAUUCAUAAUUAUGUUUUCAUUAGUUCAUAAUAGUAAGAUUUUUUGUGUUUUUUGUUGCCUUAGAAU